GCGCGCGCGGGGAGGUUGAGCCAUUUCACGGCGCGGCUAAUGUUGCUCCGACCGGGAAAACGGCCGCCGCGGAACUCGAUGCGAUUAUUGAGCCGAGCCGCCAUAGAAAUUGUUUCAAGUCCGCGUUUGCUCGUCCUCGAUCUUUGUCCGUAUCAUCGUUCGAAUCAAUCAAUCAGUUGACGACUUGAAAUCUCGGCUCCUGCGUCAUUGAGAUUCCAAGAAACGGACCAGAAAUUUGCCCCCGUCGAAGAGCUGCCCUAUUCUCAUUCCUCGGCCGCUGGGGUUUGCUGGAGGCUUUCGCCGGAGGAAGUUUCAGGCCGUCGGGUGCGGGUUUCUGGAGCUCUUUCGAGGGCUUUUGAGGAAUUUGGCCGGUAAUUGUUGGGUUUGUCCGUGUCGUAAGGAGCUUGGAUUUCUGACAUUUUCUGGUUAGGGAUUGUCUCCGCCGGAAAAUUUUCCUUCUUCAGCUUCUUGAGUUUGAAGGUCGAUUUUUUUCUUUUUCUGGGGAAUCUUUGUCCAAGACUGUGACUUGCUUACUGUUACUGGCAGCUGCUUGUGCUUUUCGGACCGCGGUGCCCUUUUCUGGGGUUUUAAGAGCUUCAGUUUAGCCACUAGCGGUAUUGCAUUGGAACUGGUGAGUUAACGGGACCAUAAUAUGGGAUCUUUCCUUCUUGCAACUUGGUGGGGUUUAACUACUGUUGCCUUAACUAAUGAUUCUGGAGCGGGUUUUCUUAAAUGCUGUUGGAUGAGAAUAAAGUUUCGACCUUUAGGGUAGAAGACAUCUCCUUUUACGUUUCUUCUGCUCUAUGUGACUGAUGUUGGGACUGCUGAAGUUGGUGCUGAGACGUUGUAGUUGUUAACUGCAUUUCUUACUUUAGUUAUUUAAUUCAAGUCGGAUUGUUUGAAUGGUUCCUCUGUCGAUGGGAAGGCAUAGUUUUCCUCUGCUGGGUGUUGAUGAACUAAUAUAAUGAAGAAAUUGUUUGGUUUUGCAGUUUGUUAAGUUCAUUGUAAGUUCAGAGUGAGAGGCUUCAUGUUGAGGAAUAUGGAAUCGGAUAACAGUGAUACAGACGAGGAUGUUCCUCCACAACUACAAAACCGAUUCCAAAGUGGUAUGCGACCUGCUGGGAAUGGGAGAGCGGCAGCGGGUGGGUCUGCUCCCGUGCCAAGGCAAAACGAUAUGGAAAUUCAAAUUCACAAUAUCGAACAAGAAGCCUAUAGUGCAGUCCUUCGGGCAUUUAAAGCUCAAUCAGAUGCUAUUACUUGGGAAAAGGAGGGAUUAAUAACAGAACUCAGAAAGGAGUUGAGAGUGUCGGACGAGGAGCAUAGGGAACUCUUAUCCAGGGUCAAUAAUGACAACAUGAUUCGAAGGAUAAGGGAGUGGAGGAGAACUAGUGGGUCCCAAUCAGGGAUGCCGAGCAGCGUCCAGCCUGCCCUUGAUCGUGCCCCUAGUCCCUCGAUUUCGGUAUCACGCAAGAAACAGAAAACAUCACAGUCGGCUGCUUCAUUAUCCAUGGGUGCUCCUCCUGCAUUUCACCAACCAAUGCAAGCAUCAACAUCAGCAUUAAGACGAGGGCCUCCCGCUCCACCUGCAUCAAGAAACAAGAAACCCCAGCCAACUUUGCAAUACCCUCCUACUACUGGUAUGAAUGAAGGUGGAAGGGCCCAGGUUGCUAACAGGAAUUCUGCAGGAGCAUUUUUAAAAAAUGAGCCUGCAGCUCCUACCAGUGUGAAUCCAUUGGUUGGAAGAAAAGUUUGGACUCGGUGGCCUGAAGAUAAUAACUUCUAUGAGGCUCUUAUCACCGACUACAAACCAGAAGAAGGGACACAUGCUUUGGUGUAUGAUAUGAACACAGAGGAUGAAACAUGGGAAUGGGUCAAUCUCAAAGAGAUACCUCCUGAAGACAUCAGGUGGGAGCAUGAGGAUCAAUCCAUUUUUGGUAAAGGCAGCCGGCCUGGACAUGGUCGGGGGAAUAAGAAGCCCAUGAUGCGUGGUGGUUCUGCUGCUGCUGCUGGGCUUGGACGAGGUAGAGGGAACACUAAAGGUCCAAAAAGGGAGUUUCCUCUAUCACAGAAUGGCACUGGGAAAAAGGCUUUGGGUGAUAUCGAGAUCCUUCACACUGAGACACUAAUCAAGGAGGUGGAAAAAGUUUUUGCCGCUAACCUUCCUGAUCCGACAGAAAUUGAGAAAGCGAAGAAACUGCUGAGAGAACAUGAACAAGCUCUUGUAGAUGCAAUCGCAAGGCUUGAAGAUGCUUCCAAUGGUGUGAGUGAGGAGGGAGGGCGGCAGUUUCCCCAUGGGGGGUUGGAGCAAGAGCAAGGUUGGAGAAAACAGAUACAACAAUGAAUUCGGCGGCAGCAGUAGGGAAAGUAGCAGAGGUCCAGAUGGUCAGGGAGGUUAGAGUUCUCUUUUCCUUGUUUUUUGGGGGGUAAUGAUGAUGAUCAUCAUCAUCAGUUCUGUUUGUAGCAACCCGUUUGUGUAUGAUAGAGUGCUCUAAUUCUAGAAACUAGGCCAAAGUACAACAUGGCUAUUACUAACUUAAAAUAGCCCAUUGGAUGAUGGGAGUGUAGCCUUUUGUUUCAACCCCCUUUUGUCUUGUAUAUUACUCCUAGCUGUAGUAGUACCCAAUUUGUGAUGUCCUCAAGUUCUUAGAUUGUUUGUAUUUUUGCCAACUUAUUAGAGAAUGGAAGAAAAGGAUUUGCCUUUUUGUUUCUUGCCCAGUUUGAGUUGGCUUUUGCUUUGCUGAGCUUUCUUACCCUUUCUUUUGCCUUGCUGAGCGAUUUUAUUUCGGAAGGUCAUUUUUUUUUUCAUUUAAAGUUUAUAGAUCAUGGAUUCGAUCUAUAAAGCUAUUCUUUAAUGAUGAUUAAGUCGAUUAAGCAUCAAUUUGGGCGGAUUUCUUUCGGAUCCAUUUUUAGCAGACUCCAAAGGGUAUCACCGGUUUCAGACGAUUUUCCCGAAAUGUCAUUUUCUUUCGAUACAGAGCAGGGAUUCGCCCCGAGUCUAUUCUCCAUCCAAAAUGAACACUAUAUAUCCUAUUCUCCACCGAAAAUUAAGUCCAUUAAACACCGAUUUGGGCAAAAUCAUUUUCAGACCGAAUUUUCGUAUUUUUUGGGCGAAUUUUUUUCGAAAGACUUGAUUUUGAAGGCUACAAAUCACGAAUUCUGCUUGAGACUAUUCUUCAACGAUGAUUAAGUCCAUUAAACACAGAUUGGGACGGAUUUCUUUCAGGUCCAUUUUUGGAAGAUUCCAAAGGGGUACCAUCCCCGAUUUCGGUAGUUUUUCCCGAAAUAUCAUUUUCUUUCGAUUUUGAAGACUACAAAUCACGAAUUCAGCCCGAUGCUAUUUUCCACCGAUAAUGAAGUUUAUUGAUCCUAUUCUCCACCGAAGAUUAAAUAAAUUAAGCACCCAUUAGGGCGAAUUCAUUUUCGGAUGACUUUUCGUAAUUUUAUGGGUGAUUUUAUUUCGAAAAGCCAUUUUCCUUGGAAUUUGAAGGAUACAGAUCAUGGAUUCCGCAUGAUGCUAUUCUUCAACUAUUAUUAAGUUCAUUAAGCACCAAUUUGGCCGAAUUUCUUCCGAGUCCAUUUUUGGCAGACUCCAAAGGGGUACCAACACCGAUUUCAGGUUAUUUCCCGAAAUGCCAUUUUCUUUCUAUUUUGAAGGCUACAAAUCUGGGAUUCAGCCCGAGGCUACUCUCCAUCGAUAGUGAACUCUAUUGAUCCUAUUCUCCACAGAAUAUUAAGUCCAUUAAACACUUAUUUGGGUAAAUUCAUUUACGGACAACAUUUUCGUUAUUUUUUGGGAGAUUUUUUUCGAAAGACCAUAGUCCUUGGAUUUUGAAAGCUACAGAUCACGUAGUUGGCCUGAGGCUAUUAUUCAACGAUUAUUAAGUCCAUUAAGCAAUGAUUUGGGUGGAUUUCUUUUGGGUCCAUUUUUGGUUGACUCCCAAUGGGUACCAUCACCAAUUUCGAGCGAUUUUCCCGAAAUGCAAUUAUCUUUCGAUUUUGAAGGCUACAGAUCAGGGAUUGAGCCGGUUGCUAUUCUCCACCGAUAAUGAAGUCUAUUGAUCCUAUUCUCCACCGAAGAUUAAGUCAAUUAAGCACUCAUUUGGGCGAAUUCCUAUUUGGAGGGCAUUUCAUAAUGUUUUUGCGAUAAUGCCGGAAGAUCAUUUUCAUUGGAUUUUGAAGGCUCCAGAUCACAAUUCAGGCUGAGGCUAUUCUUCAAUGAUGUUUAAUUCCAUUAAGCACCAAUUUGGGUGGAUUUCUUCUUGGUCAAUUUUUGGCAGACUCUUAAAGGGUGCACCAUCACCGAUUUCAGGCGAUUUUCCCGAAAUGCCAUUUUCUUUCGAUUUUGAAGGCUACAGAUCAGAGAUUCAACCCGAGGCUAUUCUCCACCGAUAAUGAGGUCUAUUGAUCCUAUUCUCCGCCUAAGAUUAAGUCCAUUAAGCACCCAUUUGUGCGAAUUCAUUUUCGAAUGACAUUUUCGUAAUUUUAUGGGUGAUUUUAUUUCGAAAGACCAUUUUCCUUGGAAUUUGAAGUACAUAGAGCACGGAUUCGGCCCGAGACUAUUUUUCAACAAUGAUUAAGUCCAUUAAGCAACAAUUUUGGCGAAUUUAUUUCGGGUCCAUUUUGGCCGUCUCCAAGUGGGUAUCAUCAUCGAUUUCGGGUGAUUUUUCCUAAAUGCAAUUUUUUCGAUUUUGAAAACUACAGAUCAGGGAAUCGGCCCGAGGCUAUUCUCCACCGAUAAUGAACUCUAUAUAUCCUAUUAUCCACAGAUGAUUAGUCCAUUAAGCACCAAUUUGGGCCAAUUUAUUUUCGGAUGCCAUUUUCGUAAUUUUUUGGACGACGAAAUGCCAUUUUCUAUGGAUUUUGAAGGCUACAGAUAGCAGAUUCGGCCUGAGGCUAUUCCACAAUGAUGAUUUAGUCCAUUAAGCACCGAUCUGGGUGUAUUUAUUCCGAGUCAUUUUUUAUGCAGAUUCCAAAGGGGUACCAUCACAGAUUUCAAGUGAUUUUUCCGAAAUGCCAUUUUCUUUCUAUUCUGAAGGCUACAGAUCACGGAAUCAGGCCGAUGCGAUUCUCCGCCGAUAAUGAAGUCUAUUGAUCAUAUUCUCCAUGGAUGAUAAGUCUAUUAGGCACCGAUUUGGGCCAAUUUAUUUUUGGAUGACAAUUUCGUAAUUUUUUGUGCGACGAAAAGCCAUUUUCUUAGGAUUUUGAAGGCUUCAGAUCAAGGAUUUGGCUUGAGGAUAUUCUUCAACGAUGAUUAAGUCCAUUAAGCAUCGAUUUGGCCGGAUUUAUUCCGGGUCAAUUUUUGGCAUCACAAAUUUAGGGCGAUUUUUUCUCGAAAUGCCAUUAUCUUUCAAUUCUGUGGGCUAUAGAUUACAAAAUCAUGUCGAGGCUAUUCUCCACCGAUAAUGAAGUCUAUUGAUCCUAUUCUCCGCGGAUGAUAAGUCCAUUAAGCACCAAUUUGGGCCAAUUUAUUUUUGGAUGACUUUUUCAUAAUUUGUUGGACGACGAAAUGCCAUUUCUCUGGAUUUUGAAGGCUAUAGAUCGCGGAUUUGGCCUGAGGCUAUUCUUCAAUGAUGAUUAAGUCCAUUAAGCACCGAUUUGGGCGGAUUUAUUCCAGGUCAAUUUUUGGCAGAUUCCAAAGGAGUACCAUCACAAAUUUCGGGCGAUUUUUUUGAAAUGCCAUUUUCUUUCAACUCUGUAGGCUACAGAUCAUGGAAUCAUGUAGAGACUAUUCUCCACAGAUAAUGAAGUCUAUUGAUCAUAUUCUCCACGGAUGAUAAGUCCAUUAAGCACCAAUUUGGGCCAAUUUAUUUUCGAAUGACAUUUUCUUAAUUUUUUCAGCGACGAAAGACCAUUUUCUUUGGAUUUUGAAGGCUACAGAUAGCGGAUUCGGCCUGAAGCUAGUCUUCAAUGAUGAUUAAGUCCAUUAAGCACUGAUCUAGGUGGAUUUAUUCCAUGUCAAUUUUUUGCAGAUUCCAAAUGGGUACCAUCACAGAUUUCGGGCGAUUUUUUUGAAAUGUCUUUUUCUUUCGAUUCUGGUGGCUACAACUCACGUAAUCAGGCCGAGGCUAUUCUCCACUGAUAAAAAAGUUUAUUGUUCCUAUUCUCCACAGAUGAUAAGUCCAUUAAGCACCGAUUUGGGCCAAUAUAUUUUUGAAUGACAUUUUUUUAAUUUUUUGGGCGACGAAAGGCCAUUUUCUUUAUAUUUUAAAUGCUAAAGAUCUUGGAUUCGGCAUGAGACUAUUCUUCAACAAUGAUUAAGUCCAUUAAGCACCGAUUUGGGCUGAUUUAUUCCAGGUCAAUUUUUGGCUGAUUUCAAAGGGGUACCAUCACAGAUUUCGACCUAAUUUUUUGAAAUGACAUUUUCUUUCGAUUCUGGAAGCUACCGAUCAUGGAAUCAAGCCGGCGCUAUUCUCCACUGAUAAUGAAGUCUAUUGAUCCAAUUCUCCAUGGAUAAUAAGUCCAUUAAGCACCAAUUUGAGCGGAUUUAUCCAUAGUCAACUUUUAGCAAAUUCCAAAGUGAUACCAUGACAGAUUUCAGGCGAUUUUUCCGAAAUUCCAUUUUCUUUAGAUUCUGGAGGCUACAGAUCACGGAAUCAGGUCGAUGCUAUUCUCUAUCGAUAAUGAAGUCUAUUGAUUCUAUUCUCCAUGUAUGAUAAGUCCAUUAAGCACCAAUUUGGGAUAAUUUAUUUUCGGAUAGCAUUUUGUAAAUUUUUGGGCGACGAAAGGCAAUUUUCUUUGGAUUUUGAACGCUACAGAUCCCAGAUUUAGCCUUAGGCUAUAUUUCAACGAUGAUUAAAUCCAUAAAGCACCGAUUUGGGCGGAUUUAUUCCACGACAAUUUUUGGCAGAUUCCAAAUGGGUACCAUCACAAAUUUUGGGUGAUUUUUUCAAAAUGCCAUUUUCUUUCAAUUUUGGAGACUACAGAUCAUGGAAUCAGGUAGAGGCUAUUCUCCACCGAUAAUGAAUUCUACUUGUCCUAUUCUCCAAGGAUGAUAAGUCCAUUAAGCACCGAUUUAGGCCAAUUUAUUUUCGGAUGGCAUUUUUGUAAUUUUUGGUGGUCGAAAAGCCAUUUUCUUUGGAUUUUGAAGGCUACAGAUCGCAGAUUCGACAUGAGGCAAUUCUUUAACGAUGAUUAAGUCCAUUAAGUACAGACUUGGGAGGAUUUAUUCCGGGGCAAUUUUUGGUAGAUUACAAAAGGUACAAUCAUAGAUUUCGGGCGAUUUUUUCGAAAUGUCAUUUUCUUUCGAUUCUGAAGGCUAUAGAAUACGAAAUCGGGCCGAGGCUAUUCUCCAUCGAUAAUGAAGUUUAUCAAUCCUUUUCUCCACCGAUGAUAAGUCCAUUAAACACCGAUUUGAGUCAAUUUAUUUUCGAAUGCAUUAUCGUAAUUUUUUGGGCGACGAAAUACCAUUUUCUAUCGAUUUUGAAGGCUACAGAUCGCAGAUUCGGCCUGAGGCUAUUCUUCAACGAUGAUUAAGUCCAUUAAGAUCCGAUUUAGGCGGAUUUAUUCCAGAUAAAUUUUUUGCAUAUUCCAAAGGGUUACCAUUACAGAUUUCGGGCGAUUUUCCCGAAAUGUCAUUUCUUUCGAUUCUGGAGGCUACAGAUUACGAAAUAAGGCCGAGGCUGUUCUCCGCCACUAAUGAAGUCUAUUGAUCAUAUUCUCCCCGAAAGAUAAGUCCAUUAAGCACCAAUUUGCGCAAAUUUAUUUUCGAAUGACAUUUUCUUAAUUUUUUGGGCGACGAAAGACCAUUUUCUUUGGAUUUUGAAGGCUACAUAUCGCGGAUUCGGCCAGAGGCUAUUAUUCAACGAUGAUUAAGUCCAUUACGCACCGAUUUGAGCGGAUUUAUUCCAAUUCAAUUUUUGGCAGAUUGCAAAGGGUUACCAUCACAUAUUUCAGGCAAUUUUUCUGAAAUGAAAUUUUCUUUUGAUUCUGGAGGAUACAUAUCAUUGAAUCAGGCCGAGGCUAUUCUCCACCGAUAAUGAAGUUUAUUGAUCCUAUUCUUCAUUGAAGAUAAGUCCAUUAAGCACCGAUUUGGGCCAAUUUAUUUUCGGAUGGUAUUUUCUUAAUUUUUUGGGCGACGAAAGGCCAUUUUCUUUGGAUUUUGAAGGCUACAGAUCUCGGAUUCGGCAUGAGGCUAUUCUUCAACGAUGAUUAAGUCUAUUAAGCACCGAUUUAGGCUGAUUUAUUCUGGGUCAAUUUUUGGCAAAUUCUAAAGGUGUACCAUUACAGAUUUCGGGCGAUUUUUCCGAAAUGUCAUUUUCUUUCGAUACUGGAGGCUACAUAUCAAGGAAUCAAGUCGAGGCUAUUCUCCACCGAUAAUGAAGUCUAUUGAUCAUAUUCUCCACGUAUGAUUAGUCCAUUAAUCACCAAUUUGGGCCCAUUUAUUUUCGAAUGGAAUUUUCGUAAUUUUUUUGGGCGACGAAAUGCCAUUUUAUUUUGAUUUUGAAGGCUACAUAUCGCGGAUUCGGCCUGAGGCUAUUCUUCAACAAUGAUUAAGUCAAUUAAGCACCAAUUUGGACGGAUUUAUUCUGGGUUAAUUUUUGGCAGAUUCGAAAUGGGGUAUCAUCAGAGAUUUUGAGAGAUUUUUCUGAAAUGUCAUUUUCUUUUGAUCCUGGUGGCUACAUAUCACGGAAUCUCACCGAUGCUAUUCUCCACCAAUAAUGCAGUGAAUUGAUC